AUGUCGCUGCGUCCCGUCGACGACGGGCGCACGCCCGAGGACUUCGUCAAGGUUAUGGGCGGCAAGACGGCGUCGAAGUACACCGACCCGUGCGCCAAGGCCAGCAAGCUCUCGAUGAAGUGCCUCGAGGACAACGCGUACGACCGGACGAAGUGCACCGAGGCCUUCAACAACUACCGCGAGUGCAAGAAGGCCUGGAUUACCCAGCGGCGACAGGACCGGCUGAACGGGCGGGAGGAUGCGUGGAACUAG